ACGUCACGCCCGACGCUUCGCUCUCCUCGCCGAGAAAAUGGCGGCUACUGCACCUGGGGAGUACUUUAGUGUCGGGAGCAACGUUUCAUGUCUCACCUGCCUGGGCCAGCAGUUACAAGGGGAGGUCGUGGCUUUCGAUUACCAAUCUAAGAUGCUGAUUCUGAAAUGUGCUCCCUCCAGCGGAAAGCCCAACCUAAGUGACAUUGUCCUGAUAAAUUUAGCCUGUGUUUCAGAAGUGGAUAUAAUCAAUGACCGCUCUGAAACCCCUCCCCCUCUAGCCUCCUUGAAUAUUAAUAAGCUUUCCAUUCGUGCACGGACUGAGAAAGAAGACAAGCUGUCUCUGGCAUAUGCAGUUAGUGCUGGCGUUUCUGUUGAUGGUCAGCAGCUUUUUCAAACCAUACACAAAACUAUCAAAGACUGUAAGUGGCAGGAGAGAAACAUAAUUGUGAUGGAUGAUGUCGUAAUCUCACCGCCUUAUCAGGCAGAAAACUGCAAAGGCAAAGAAGGCAGCGCUUUAAGUCACGUACGCAAAAUAGUUGAGAAGCAUUUCAAAGAUGCGGAAAGCCAGAAGUCAGUGCAACACUCACCAGCUCAGCCAGCACACAAGGACUCUGCUUUGACAUCCUGAGCCAGUGGUUUGGUUGCAGGGAAGACAAAAAUUGGCAGUUAUUUUAUUUUAUAUAUAUAUAUAUAUAUAUAUUUUCCAGUUGCCAGAAAAGGGUGGUUCUUCAUCCUUUGCAUCUGUGUGAGACCCCAAGGACCUUCCAGUUGCGAGAGGGGGAACUUUGAUGGAAAACAAUUGUACUUUCUGACAAUUUUCCAGCUGUUCCCUUUCACGCUAGAAGAUUCCAUCCAUAAUUUUUUUUUCAUGGCACUUAUACCACUUUUUCAUUUUAAGAUAGAAGAUGGAAACAGAGCAUUUGACAGAUCUCAUCUUGUUUACAUCAUUAUACGCUUGUACUUUUAAAUUUGACUGCAAAGACUGACUAUUCCUCCUAAAAUAACUAUGAAAAUAAACAAUUGAAGAAAAUGGAAAAAAACGAAGACUGAAAUCAUUCAGUUUUACUACUUUUCAUCUAUUUCAGAAGGAUACUGAUACGUUUUAAAACCAGGAUAAAUAAAUGAUUAAUGAAUAAAGACAUUUUCAAAAUAUACUUCCUGUGGGUUUUGCAACAGUUGUAAUGAAUUUAAAUUGUUUGUAACCCUGUCUCAUUUUUCAUUUUCAAAUUUACAUUUGAAGGAUUGGUGCCCUUAGAUGCUGAUAUCUUGUUUUAACUUUGAAAAUACCUUAAGCUGUGUAGUUAUAAAUGUGGUACUUAAUUUUUAAUAUUAAAAUGCCCAUUUCGUUGUACCACUUAACUUCUGGGACCAUUUCUUUUUGAAAUUUAUCUACUGUCACAACCCUUAGUUGUUUUUUUAGUGUUCAGAAUCCCUACAACAUUCCUUGCUGCUCUAGCCAAUGACUGAAGUCACGUUCAGUAUUUUUUUUAAGUCACUUUCUCUGGUGGUCUUUCUGGACAAAUUAAUUUUUUUAUUUUUAAAAACAAAACAACAUUGUUUCCAACUCGGAGCUCUUGAUCUUGAGUGAAGUGAUAGACACCCCUGUCAUACUCAAUCAAGCAUUGUGAAUGUCUGUUGUAGAUUCUUAUGAGUAUUUUAUUUUUCAAUGGUAAAGUGAAAAUAAAAAAAAAUCAAGUCUUCACCCUU